CUGUCGUCCGCGCCGGGCCCUGCGGGGCGCCGCCAUGGCCUUCCCGCACCGGGUGGACGCCCCCGAGCUGCCGGACUUCUCCAUGCUCAAGCGGCUGGCGCGGGACCAGCUCAUCUACCUGCUGGAGCAGCUGCCCGGGAAGAAGGACUUGUUCAUCGAGGCUGAUCUCAUGAGCCCUUUGGAUCGGAUCGCCAACGUCUCCAUCCUCAAGCAACAUGAAGUGGACAAGCUGUACAAGGUGGACAACAAGCCAGUCGUCAGCUCCAGUGAACAGCUCUGCUUCCUGAUAAGGCCCCGCAUCCGGAACCUGCGCUACAUUGCCAACCUCGUCAAUGCUGACAAGCAGGCAGGCCGAGCUCGGAGAUACAAAGUGAUCUUCAGCCCUCAGAAGUUCUAUGCCUGUGAGAUGGUGCUGGAAGAAGAGGGUAUCUAUGGAGAUGUCAGCUGUGACGAGUGGGCCUUCUCCUUGCUGCCCCUGGAUGUGGAUCUGCUGAGCAUGGAGCUGCCGGAAUUUUUCAGGGACUACUUCCUGGAAGGAGACCAGCGCUGGAUCAACACUGUGGCCCAAGCCUUGCACCUUCUCAGCACGCUCUAUGGGCCCUUCCCCCACUGCUACGGCAUGGGCAGGUGUGCCAAGAUGGUGCAUGAAAUGUGGAGGACCCUGGAGGAGGAGGAGGAAGGGGAGACCAAGGGCCGCAGGCCAGAAAUUGGCCACGUCUUCCUCCUGGAUCGAGACGUGGACUUCGUGACGGCGCUGUGCUCCCAGGUGGUUUACGAGGGCUUGGUGGACGACACCUUCCGCAUCAAGUGUGGGAGUGUGGACUUCGGCCCUGACGUCACGUCCUCUGACAAGAGUCUGAAGGUGCUGCUUAAUGCUGAGGACAAGGUCUUCAGUGAGAUUCGCAACGAGCAUUUCUCCAAUGUCUUUGGCUUCCUGAGCCAGAAGGCCCGAAACCUGCAGGCCCAGUAUGAUCGCCGGAGAGGCAUGGACAUCAAACAGAUGAAGAACUUUGUGUCCCAAGAGCUCAAGGGGCUGAAGCAGGAGCACCGUCUGCUGAGUCUCCAUAUCGGGGCCUGUGAGUUCAUCAUGAAGAAGAAAACCAAGCAGGACUUCCAGGAGCUCAUCAAGACUGAGCAUGCACUGCUGGAGGGCUUUGGGGUCCGCGAGAGCACCAGUUACAUAGCAGAGCACAUAGACCGGCAGGUGUCACCGAUUGAAAGUCUCCGCCUGCUGUGCCUGUUGUCGCUCACAGAGAACGGAUUGAUCCCCAAGGACUACCGCUCCCUGAAGACGCAGUAUCUGCAGAGCUAUGGCCCCGAGCACCUGCUCACCUUCUCCAACCUGCGCCGCGCCGGGCUGCUGACGGAGCAGGCCCCGGGAGACACUCUCACGGCGGUGGAGAGCAAGGUCAGCAAGCUGGUGACCGACAAGGCUGCAGGCAAGAUCACCGAUGCCUUCAGCUCUCUGGCCAAGAGGAGCAAUUUCCGUGCCAUUAGCAAGAAGCUGAAUCUGAUCCCACGUGUGGAUGGCGAGUAUGACCUCAAAGUGCCUCGUGACAUGGCCUAUGUCUUCAGCGGUGCCUAUGUGCCCCUCAGCUGCCGAGUCAUCGAGCAGGUACUGGAACGACGAAGCUGGCAGGGCCUGGAGGAGGUGGUGCGGCUGCUCAACUGCGGGGAGCUGGUGUUCACAGACGUGAGCAAAGAGGACAAGGCACCCAGUGAGUCCUCGCGCCUCAUCCUUGUGGUGUUCCUUGGUGGGUGCACCUUCUCGGAGAUCUCGGCCCUGCGCUUCCUGGGCAGAGAGAAAGGAUACAGGUUCAUCUUUCUGACGACGGCUGUCACCAACAGCGCCCGCCUCAUGGAGGCCAUGAGUGAGGUGAAAGGCUGAAGCUUCCCAUGAGAGCUGCCUUCUGGAUGCUCCCCCUUGGGCUCCCUGCUGCGAGCAUGGGGGACGGAGCUGAUGUGACUGUGGAGAGCCCACAUCCUCCCCCCAAGUCCCCCUCUCCUGUUUUGUGAGUGAAAUCCACAAAUAUGCACCAAUAUGCCCCGGUUUCAGUAUGCCCCAAUUAUAGUUAUUUUACUCGGGAUUCCAGUGCCCUGAAUUUUUCACUAUUAAGGGACCUGCAGGGACCACACUGGAUCGAGAGAUUUCCACCAAAUGCGGAGGGGGGUGGGCACUGAGCUUUAGCGGCCCCGAUUAACAAGGGGUGGCUUCAGGAUCAGGGGCAGUCAAGGGAGCAGGAGCGGGAAAUAGAAGCUGCUUGCCAUUGUUCUUGUAAAUCUUGACCCCAGAGGGUCCGAGACUUGGCACUCCACAGGGCAGGAAGUUGGCUGUAGCCCCUUCUGGGCCAGUGCGCUCUGCCAUAUGGAGGAAGAGGGCAUCGUGCCUACCACGUACUCCCAUAAAUCUACUGGGCCCAGUACACUCCCAGGAAUUCGGUUGGCUGGUGGGCCCUUGGCUUCGUUAAUUUGGGUCAUAAAAGGAAUACUGCUCCCUCCCUUCUCUUGUUUAAUUUAGGCGGUCAGUUUCAGUUUCUGUCACCAUCACAUUUUCUUAAUUUUCAUUAGUUUCAUAAUUCGCAUUCCAUACAGCCUCUUAUUUGUCAUUACAGAUCUGCCUCUCAAUUGCAUUUGUCAAUCUCCCAAUAAAGUCCGUGUAUGGUU